GGCCUGGAGGCCGAGGUGGGCAGGCACCAGCCAGAGCAGCUGGCGGCAGGCAGACUGCGGGCCGACUGUCUGUCUGUCGACUGUCUGUCGGACUGUCUAGCAGGCCAGGCUCGUCUACCUGGCGGUGGCAGCCAGGCCUUCCUCCACGGGAAACUGGUUCUGUGGUCAACAUGGUGUCCAGCCUCCUCUUGUCUCUGCUGCUGCUUAUGAGGCCUGUGCCUGUGGCAGCCUACUCUGUGUCCCUCCCGGCCACCUUCCUGGAGGAUGUGGGGGGCAGUGGAGAAGCCGAGGGCUCCUCCGCCUCUUCCCCGAGUCUGCCACCACCCCGGACUCCAGCCUUCAGCCCCACACCAGGGAUGCCCCAGCCCACAGCUCUGGAGGGCCCCUCGCCCCCCACUAACCUCCUGGAUGGGAUCAUGGACUUCUUCCGCCAGUACGUAAUGCUCAUUGCCGUGGUGGGCUCUCUGACCUUCCUGCUCAUGUUCAUCGUCUGCGCCGCGCUCAUCACCCGCCAGAAGCACAAGGCCACGGCCUACUACCCAUCCUCCUUCCCUGAAAAGAAGUAUGUGGACCAGAGUGACCGGGCUGGGGGGCCCCGUGCCUUCAGCGAGGUCCCUGACAGGGCAUCUGACAGCCGGCCGGAAGAGGCCCUGGAUUCCUCCCAGCAGCUCCAGGCUGACAUUCUGGCUGCUACCCAGAACCUCCGGUCUCCAGCCAGAGUGGUGCCAGGCAGUGGGGAGGGAACAAAGGCAGCGAAGGGUGGGUCAGAGGAUGAGGUGCCGAGCAGUCAGGAGGAGGCCCAGGAAGCCCCAGUAUGCGGGGUCGCCGCAGAGAAGCUGGGGGUCCCAGACGAGUCUGAGGCUGAAGGGGCUCCUGCAGCCAGUGAGGGCCAGGGGGGACAAGAAGGGUCUUUCUCUGCAGCCCAGGAGUCCCAGGGACCUGCCAGCCCCCCUGAAAGCUUGUGCGCUUGUAGCCGAGUCUCCCCAACUGUCUAACAGGCCCCACCCAGAACUGCUGGGCCUGACUGCUGGGUCCUCGAGGGUCACCUCCUUGGUCAAGAAGGGCCUUCAGCUCUGACUGCUUCUUGACACCAGCUCCUUGGCCAUCCAUGGUGGGACCAAUCCUGACCCCAAAUGGGCAGAGCUGAUGACUUCUGGUGCACCCCAGGAAACACCACGCCGAGUUCCAGCACCUUUAAUGCCUCUUGCUAUAUCCUGGGGUCUUCACCCGAAAGCACCACUUCUCUACCAGAGGACGGACAGACGCACCCCAGUUGGAGCUGCCAUGAGGCAGUCCCCACAAGCAGCCAGCCAGCCACACAGCAGAAGGGGAAGAGGCCAGAGGCCCCUGGUGAGGCGGCUGCUGCUUCCAUCUUGGCUGUGAAGACAAACAGGGUUGCUGGAUCUGAAAGACGUCAGACGGAUGGACCCGCCAUGGUCCUCAGCUGCCUUCGCGCCCCACUGGGAAAGCACGGCGCAGCCGGUGUCCAGUCAUGCCGGGGACUGCAGAGGGUCCCCUGCGCAUCUCCCGGUCACCAGAAUGUUGGUGUCACUCUGCCUCGCUCAGUGGACUUGAUUAGUUAGGAAGCCUCUUGAAGGGACCCCCCACUUCCAUCACAAGAGUUCCCCUAGACACUCCAUGGAUACACAAACUCAAAGUCAUGGGUGUUGAGGAGCUGCUGUGCUCCUCCCCAAGCUGAUGCAACUACUUUAAGGCUUCCUAUUGGGGUGGCUUUGCUUCUCUUUCCCCGUGCUGCUUUAUGAUGAGGGUGGUGACGAAUACAAUGUCCAGUCUCACAGCACCCACUCUGGAAAAGACUGUUCUCAAUUUUCUAAGGCACCCCACUUUCUGGUUUGGUUCCGAGUUGGUAUGUGAGAUGCAGGGGGUCUAGUUCUCUCAAGUGUCAAGCAGCCCUGAGGUGAGAGUGUGCAACUCAUCUUGUUACCGAUGCUGGGAUGAGAGGAAGGAGCGGAGAAGCAGCCUGGAAGCCACAGGGCAUUCGGGACAACUGCUGUUCUGGAUUCUGACGCCCAGCCUGGAGCAGGGGCCUGGCACAUCCCUUGUUCACACAGUGGUCUGGCAGCCUGAGCCCACACCAUCCCUCAGUCCUGGACAGUGUGGAGGCUUUGUUCUGUUGGGGGAAUUGGGGGGUUCCCCACACCUCCAUUCAGGGACUCCAACUCUUCAGGUAUGGAAAUAUAACAUAUAAUAAAUCUUGA